CGUAAAGAGGGUGUGUAAGUGUCGGAAGAGCUGUCGGGAUGCAGCAGGCAAGAGGAACAGUAGGAGGCCGUGGCUGCGCUCUCUUUCCACUGCUGAGCAUCCUAGUCGUCCAGGGUGUGCAUAUAGUCCUCUCCUUGGAGAUAAGUGCAGAUGCUCAUGUCCGAGGAUAUGUGGGAGAGAAGAUCAAGUUGAAGUGCACCUUCAAGUCGUCUUCAGAUGUCACCGACAAGCUGACCAUAGACUGGACAUACCGCCCUCCCAGCAGCAGCCGCACAGAGUCUAUUUUUCAUUAUCAGUCUUUCCAGUACCCGACCACAGCGGGCACAUUCCGAGACCGGAUCUCCUGGGCCGGAAAUGUCUACAAAGGGGAUGCGUCCAUCAGCAUCAGCAACCCCACUCUAAAGGACAAUGGGACGUUCAGCUGUGCUGUGAAGAACCCUCCAGACGUGUACCAUAAUAUCCCCCUAACAGAGCUCACGGUCACAGAAAGGGGGUUCGGCACCAUGCUGUCCUCUGUGGCCCUUCUCUCCAUCCUCGUCUUCGUCCCCUCGGCAGUGGUGGUCAUUCUGCUGCUGGUGCGGAUGGGGAGGAAGGCAGCAGGGGUGCAGAAGAGGGGCAGGUCUGGCUAUAAGAAGUCUUCCAUUGAAGUUUCCGAUGACACUGACCAGGAGGACAGCAAUGACUGCAUGACAAGGCUUUGUGUCCGCUGUGCGGAGUGUCUGGAUUCGGACUAUGAAGAGGCAUACUGAUGAAGUGUGCACGUUGCAAGAAGUGUUACCUAACAACAGGAAAUAUCCACUCCCCUGGCCAGGAGUGCCAUUGGCAAGGACAGCAGUGAUAGAAGAUUCUGAAGGUCAUCAGUGAAGACCCUAAGGACCACUUAUUUAUUGAAGAAACAUUUAUUUUGUAUUUAUAAACUGUACAGAAACUCCCAGAAGGGACUCAUGACUUCCCUUCUUAAUAAUACACUCUAACUGAACAAUGAAAUUCUUGAACAGAAACAGUGCUUGGGUUACCUUCACUCUUGAAUGUAGUUCAUGGUUUCUUCCAGUUGCCUGAAGGAGACCAAAUGUCUGUCACUCUGCUGAUGCCAAAAUUGUACUUUUUUAAUGGUGUGGAGCUUGUAGCUUCCUGAUGAUGUGCCAAUGAACAACAUGCCCAUUCGGGAUGGAUAGCCUUGGUUUCUUCUCCGAUGUUCUCCGGCCAGCGUUCGGUAUGCACUACUUGGUUUAACGGUCAUCAGCUGUGUUUAGGGGACAUGCAGUAUUUAACCCCGAUUCCUUUUGACUCAGUAGGUUUACAAGUUGUAGGCUUGUUUGGACUGGGCCUUUUAAGUAUUAAACCAUUGUCAAUUUACAGUCAAGGAAACAGUUUUUGAUGUAGAGGAAUCUUUCCCAUUUGUCUUGCUAGCUAUACUUUGGGCCACAGAACCUUUGCUAUUUUGUGUUCCUGAAGCUGACUAAUUUGUGGUUUCCUUCUUGGGUUUUUAAGUUAGAGGCAAGAAAUGUCUCUUAAGAAGGUUUUUAGUGGCGACUUAGAAAAUAUUUUUAUAGUCCUUUGCUUUGGGCCUUUUGACGUUUCUCGUGUUGUUUAGAACUUUGGUUCUCAGUGGCACCAGAAGUGGGUAUUGUAUCUGCAGGCUGGUUUGCUCAGUACUGGAGAUAUGCAGGACAUCUCCCCUUUCUACACUCAGUGCCUUGUAACCCACACCUCUACUCUCUUCUAGCAACAUAUUUGUUAUUUGAAUUUACACUGGGUUUUCUGUAAACCACUAAGAUGUGCCUGACUUAUCGGAAGGAUGAGCAUGUGUGCAAACACCGCUCUCCAGAGAGAGUCACUGAUGACCCCUCCCCCAGCCUUGGUUGGCUCAACAUGGAGGUCUUCAUGGUUCUUCCCAAAGCAGCUUGGGAGGCCUCCAAAUUACAGUGUUAUAUACUAUGUAUUUUAUAAAAGUCACUCUACUUACCACAAAGAUCUUAUGUUUGAAACCAGAAUCAUUAACUCUGUUUGAAAGACUUGUUAACUUAGCCUGCUGAUUCAUGAUUGUGAUUUACCUCUGGUUAUAGAAGCUCUUGGAAGAGGCAGAAUGGGAACUGGCAUUUUACAUUUCUGGUCGUUAGAUUCCACAGUUCUUUGGGCUACUUGUUAAAGAUGAAGUUGUCCAUGGCCAAUCCCGUGAGACCCAUUCUGAUGGUUCAACAGAGAAAAGAAAACAUUCAGGCACCAAGCAUACAUACUUUGGGCACUUGCAGAGCUGAAGAGAGUGACCCAAUUGGGAGGGGGCAUGCUGUGGGCCUCACUGUUCUGACAGAGUCAUUACAAGAACUCAUUUAAACCAUCAUUCUAUGGCAAUGAGGGACCAAUUUUAGUGUCUUAGGAUAUUUUGCAAGCAUAUUGUGAGCUUUUGUCUAGCUCAGACCUUAGUGAGUUCAGUGACUGGCCGAUGCCUGAUGAAUACUUGUGUACACUGUUGUGUAGCCUGUUUUAAAAUGGGUCUUUUCGCCGGGCAGUGGUAGCACACG